AUGGUCCCUGUUGUUGGGGGUGAGGGAGUUUUUGAAUCAUGGAGGGCUGCCCGUCGUUGGGCUAGCUGCGCCCCCCAGUUGCUUCAACAAGGAUAUGAACUUCAUAAAGACUUUGCAUUCCAGGUCGCCACACCGACGGGUUGGGAUGUCUGUAUUUGCCAGGAUGCAAUGAUCAGAGAGUAUCUCAAUGCUUCGGACGAGUAUCUAUCUUCCACAGCUCCAAUCCAAGGGGUAUGA